AUGAAGAAGCCGCGCCACCUGCUGGGUUCUCAUGCGCCGCAGCCUCUAAAGGAGAGCUUCUACUUUGUUUUAAUUAUCUUAUUCCUGCUGGAGAUUGCUGGAGCUCAAACUACAAGAAAUGCCACCGUUGAUCCUUCUGAAGCAAGAGCUUUGAACUCUAUAUUUCAGCGUUGGGGAAUUUCUGGAACAGAUCAAAGAUGGAACAUUAGCGGCGAAUUAUGCAGCGGUGUUGCAAUUGAUGAUACAGCAAUUCGCGAUAUCAAUCCGGGUAUUAAAUGUGAUUGCUCUUUCAACAAUAGGACCGUUUGCCGCAUUACUGCACUAAAUCUAGACCAAAACUAUUUGACGGGUCCACUGCCUGCAUCUAUUGGAAACCUCACUCGCAUGCAGUCCUUGAGUCUUGGAAUUAAUGCAUUAUCAGGGGAGCUUCCUAGGGAACUUGGGAUGUUGAUAGACUUAAGAUUGCUGGCUUUCGGCACAAACAAUUUCUCUGGUCCUCUACCAUCUGAGCUUGGGAAUUUAACAAGACUAACUCAAAUUUACUUUGAUAGCGCUGGAGUUAGUGGGCCAAUACCUCCAACAUUUUCUAGUCUAACGGGAUUGGAGAUAGUGUGGGCCUCAGACAAUGAACUCACUGGUCAAAUUCCUGACUUUAUUGGGAGUUGGUCAAAUCUACUUGUCCUGAGGUUUCAAGGAAACUCCUUUCAAGGGCCAAUACCACCAUCAUUCUCCAAUUUGACCUCUUUGAAUGAUCUGAGAAUAAGUGAUCUAUCUAAUGGAAGCUCUACACUGGACUUCCUUAGAAAUAUAACGUCUCUUGGCACCUUAGUUUUGCGUAAUAAUAACAUUUCUGGUUCCAUACCUUCCAAUAUUGGUGACUAUCAGAGUUUAAUACUGCUGGAUUUGAGCUUCAACAAUUUGACUGGACGCAUCCCAGAUUCACUUUUCAAUCUGAGUUCACUCACUACCUUGUUUCUUGGUAAUAAUACUUUGAAUGGUACCCUGCCUGCAGUAAAGGGUCCAACUCUCCGGAACAUUAAUUUGGUUGCCAACCGCUUCACCAUAGACAAUUCUAAUGGAAGGUGA